AUGGCACAAUACCUGGCAGAAAUUCUAGGACACCUGGUUGGGAAAACAAAGUACCAUGUUCGCAAUAGCUUCGCAUUUGCCGAAGAAAUAUCUAAACUUCGGAUCCCAGGCGGUACCGUGAUGUAUUCCCUGGAUGUCGUCUCGCUCUACACUAACAUCCCAACUGAUGAUGUAUACCAAUGUGUGGAAGAAAAAUGGAAUGAUCUGCGAAACCACACAUCCAUCCCGUGGGACAGCUUCAAAACAGCUAUGAAAACAGUGUUAGAUGCAUCGUUCUUCAAAUACAACAACAAGUUUUUCUCUCAAGUCCAGGGGGUACCUAUGGGAUCGCCUCUCUCUCCAGUGGUUGCAAACAUCAUAAUGGAAAAAUUAGAAAAGGCUACAUUAACGACAUUGAAUGAAAACAACAUCCCGAUUGAAUUUUAUAGGCGCUAUGUGGACGAUUGUUUUUUGAUCGGAAAGGAGGAAGAGAUAAAUAUCGUCCUUAACGAAUCCAAUAAGUUCCACGAUACUAUACAAUUCACGGUAGAAAAAGAAGUAAACUCGUGCAUAAGAUUUUUAGAUUUAACCCUAACAAGGAAAAAUAAUCAAAUAGGGAAAACAUGGCAUCCCAAACAAAAGGAUGGACGAUAUCUCGAUUUCUACUCAGAAAGCCCCCACACGCACAAAGUCAAUACAGUGACAGCACUUUUCGAUCGCGCUCUGAAGCUGACUGAUUCAGAAAAGAGACACGAGAGCAUAUUGGCUGCUAAAAGCACACUACGAAAAAACAACUAUCCGGAUCAGCUGAUAAAUCGUACACUCACCAACAGAGUACACUUACUAUACAACACGCUACAAAAUGCCAACAACGAAGAACAGCCUAAAAAAUACAUAUCGCUCCCGUACAUCCCAUGCAUGAGUGAGAAAGUAGCCAAGGUACUGCACAAACAUGACGUAACGGUUGCACAUAGACCUUGCAAUAAAAUAAAAGACACUAUUUUCUCAAAGCUGAAAGAUAAAAUUUCAAAAAUGCAACAAACCAACGUGGUGUAUAGUGUACCCUGUGGUGGUUGUAAUGAUAAAGUGUACAUCGGUCAAACAUCGCAGACACUGGAAAAACGUCUGCAACAGCAUCAGAACUCAAUCCGAACGAAAUCAUCGAUGACCGGACUCACACAACAUGCGGUAGAACACGGCCAUGCUUUCAAAUUCUCGGAGACCGUCAUCUUAGAGAGAGAGAGCAACGAAGCUAAACGACUGAACACGGAAACACUACACAUAAAACUACACGAGGGGAAAACAGUAAACUUGCAGCGGGACGCACUAAGCUUCUCCAAUGUAUACGACGGCGCCCUGAACAAACUAAGAAGAUUCGAACAAAACAGAAGAGAACCGCACACGACGCGAACAGCGUCGUCAUAG